AAAACAUUACAGUGGAGUUAUUUUCGAUAAAUUGAUUAAUUUUUCCAAAUUUCGCGAACAUUUUUUUUAAUCUAUAAGCAACAGCUUUAAAAGCGUGUAAAAUAAGUUAUUUAAAAGCAUAAAAUCGGUGUGUUUUGGAUGGAAAAAGUACAAGGUCAUAGGUAGUAGGUACACUUUUCAGAGACGUCAGCCUGAACAGCUGAUUGUAAUUUCAAUAAAAAUAACGCGAUUGCCUAUUAUAUACGCGUAGAACCAGACAUCUUUUAAUCAUACGUAUAUUUUUAAAAGCAACAACUUAAAAUUAAUAAGGUGAAGAUGCUAAAAUUUGCUGCUCAAGGAAUUGCGCCGCAUUUAAUCCUCGGAUUGGUUAGCAGUACUCAGAGCAGUUGCCAACUUGUGGCACCCGUUGUAUCUGCUGCCACACAAAAAUUCAUCUCGCAAAGUAGUUGCUAUGACCGCAAAGUGGACGUCAAGGAUCACUACGAAUUCGAUCAAAAGGUAAUAAACAGCGACAAUCCGGUUAUAGUCAACUUCCAUGCUGAAUGGUGUGAUCCUUGUAAGAUUCUUACCCCAAAAAUGCGCGAACUAUUGGAGAAUUCGGAAGAUAUCGAUUUGGCUACAAUAGACGUGGAUUCAAAUGCCGACUUGGUGGAAACUUUCGAAGUAAAAGCCGUGCCUGCCGUCCUGGCAUUUCGUAAUGGCGUAGUUGUUGAUAAAUUCAUUGGAUUAGUGGAUGCAAAUAGUAUAGAAACUCUCAUAAACAAAUUAAAACGCAAGAAACAACUCGAAAAUGCAGCGGCUAAAAGUAAGGAAGAAUAACUUAAUGAAAGGAGAAGGUACUUAUGAGUCCAGUUCUUUUGGAAUAGUUGAAACGAAAUUAAUUUCCCCGGUUUGGAUUUUGUAUGUACGUAAAUCUUUAUUUAAAGUUUCGUACUGUUCAGCUAGGAUUAGUAUAUAUUUUUUAAUACACUCACUGCAAUAUUGAUGAUUAACUUUUUGGAUUAGUGUUAAAAGUAUAUAUUAUGAUUUAUAUAGUAACAUAGUUGACAUACGUAAGCCAUAAUGUGCGAAAUUAAGAAUAAAGCAUUAUUAAAUGAGAAUAA